UCAGGAGCAUUUCUUAGUUCAGACACGGACAGAGAGCAGACAGAGACGGUCUUUCCUCCUCCCCCUCUUCUGCACUCUUGCUCCAUCUCUCGUCUGUAUUUCUCUCUCCAUCCAUCAUCUAUCCAUAUGCGUCUUUUGGAUAACUCUCCUAGAGCGCGUCAGUCUGCCUGGAUCAAUCCAUCCUCCCUCCACAUGUCAUCUCCACUGUAGUCCAACUGGAAACUGUAUUCACGGUGAUGAUGAUGCCUGGCUGAAAGGCUCGCAGACGUCUUCAUCCUCCAGUCAACUGAAGAAGAGCUUGGUGCUGCUGCUUUCCCUUCUUGGAGCGUGGCUCUGCGUGAAUGGAUUUACGGUUGUCAGAGAAAAGUUGGAUUUUGUGAAGACUCCCGUGGGACCGUAAAAUGGACAGAAUAGGAGGGCGUUUUUAGAAAAGGUGCUUUUGGGUUGGAAUCACACCGUGAGAGGAAAUGCACAGAGCGUGGAUACUCUUCUUUCUAAUAGAAGAGGGUUUUGCUCUGGCUCAGAGAACUAAAGAUCCCCCAAGCGACCAUGGAGCCCAGAGCCCCAACCAGAACGACUGUGGCACGUGGGUCCGCAACAUCAAUGGUGGGGUGUUUACUUCGCCAAACUACCCCAACACCUACCCGCCCAACAAGGAGUGCGUUUACAUCCUAGAAGCUCUCCCUAGACAAAGGAUUCAGCUGGCUUUUGAUAAGAAUUACUACAUCGAGCCAUCAUUCGAGUGCCGCUUCGAUCACAUCGAAAUCCGUGAUGGGCCAUUCGGUUUCUCACCUCUCAUGGAUCGCUUCUGUGGGGGAAAGAACCCGGGACUGGUUACAUCGACGGGACGUUUCAUGUGGAUCAAGUUCACCAGCGAUGAGGAGCUGGAAGGCCUUGGCUUCCGCAUUAAGUACACCUUCAUUGCAGACCCUGAUUUCCAUCUGCACGUGGGCGGACUGCUAAACCCCAUCCCAGACUGUCAGUUUGAACUCAGUGGAUGGGAUGGGAUUGUUCGCUCCAGCCAGGUGGAGGAGGAAGACAAGGUGAAGCCUGGUGAUGCUCUGGACUGUAUCUGGACCAUCAGGGCUCCUCCUCAGUCCAAGAUCUACCUGCGCUUCAUGGAGUACCAGAUGGAACACUCCAAUGAGUGCAAGAAGAACUUUGUGGCCGUGUACGAUGGCAGCAGUGCCAUCGAGAACCUCAAGGCCAAGUUCUGUAGCACCGUGGCCAAUGAUGUGAUGCUGGAUAACGGCGUGGGAGUCGUGCGGAUGUGGGCGGAUGAGAAGAGCCGACUCAGCCGAUUCCGCAUGCUCUUCACCUCAUUUGUUGACCCCCCCUGUUCAGGCAAUUCUUUCUUCUGCCACAGCAACAUGUGUAUUAACAACUCCCUGGUGUGCAAUGGAGUUCAGAACUGUGUCUACCCCUGGGAUGAAAACCACUGCAAAGAGAAUCGAUCUAAGGGGCUUUUUCAUCAGAUCACUAAGACCCACGGCACCGUCAUCGGUGUCUCGUCAGGCAUAGUUCUGGUUCUUCUUAUCAUCUCCAUCCUUGUCCAGAUGAAGCAGCCAAGGAAAAAGGUUGUAGCUCGCCGGCCCGGUGUUUUCAACAAGGCAGGCUUCCAGGAGGUCUUUGACCCGCCCCACUACGAGCUCUUCUCCCUACGUGACAAGGAGAUAUCGUCAGAUUUAGCCGACCUGUCUGAGGAGCUCGACAGCUUCCACAAGCUGCGGCGCUCCUCCACCAUGUCCCGCUGCGUCCACGAGCACCACUGCGGCUCGCAAGCCUCGGUGGCUACUGGCGGCGGCAGUAUGAAGCACAGCCGCACCACCCUGAGCUCCAUGGAGCUGUCCUACCACAACGAUUUCUCCAAGCCACCACCCAUGAAGACUUUCAACUCCACGGCCAGCUACAAGAAGAGCUGCUACGGCUACAAGCAGCACUCACAGACUCACGACUGCGACCAGCAGGUCAUCGAGGACCGUGUCUCAGAGGAGAUCCCAUGUGAGAUCUAUGGGCGAGGUGGAGGAGGAGUUGGAGGAGGAGCCCCUGGUGGAGCGAUGGGAGGAGGAGGAGCAUCAGGGAUUGCAGGAGGAGGGAUCGGAGGAGGAGUGGGGAUAACAGGAGGAGUGGCAAUGGCAGGGGGAAUGGGUAUGGGGGGAGGAGUGGGCAUGGCGGGGCCUAGUGGUAUCGCUGGAGGUAUCGGUGGUGGGAUGAUGGCAGGAGCCUGUGGAACCCUCGGUGUCCGCGGUAACAGCGCUCGUAACAGCACCACCAUAGUUGACCCACAACAGCGCUCCAUGUCCAUGGACUUCUAGAAGGUGAAGGGAAAAAGAAAAGGAGAACGGGAAAGCAGAAAGAGCUUGUAUUUCACUCAUCGAAAGAGAAGAGAAGACAGGAGAGUCACAAUAAUCUUAAAUUGAUCACUCCUCUUCCCACUUCUGCCUUUGCUUUUAAAGCAGUAUUAAAAGUAUUGCACAUUAAGGAUCUUCUCCUCUCAAGCUCUCGCCUGAAGGUUUGGCAAUUUGACAGAUAAGAAUCAAGGAUCAAAAAGAGGAAAAGAACAGGACAGUUGGUUCUAUCAUUCAGGAUACUGAACGAUGUAGGGUGCAGAGAGGGUGGAGACAUCUUGUCUGUCCUGCAGUCUUAUACUCAUUUAAUCUCUCCUGUUCAUAAGACACUUUUAAGAAGAGGGUUCUCGCAUGCAGACCCAGACUUCUCACUGUUUGGUAGCCUAGGUGACCAGGUAACCACUCAGAAACAAGGAGAGAAAAUGAUGAAGAGACUUCCCGGACUGAGUUUCUACAUGUCUUCACCUGCCAUGCACAGAUAUAUGAUAUAUAGUGCGUGUUCUAAUAAUUUGAGUCAUUUUUUGUCAGUGUACUGUACUGUUAAAACCAGUAUAUAUCCAGCCUCAUGAUGAUGCUUGGCUUUUAACUCUUUAAUCUUUUUCAAAUGAUGCUCCGAUGAUUUUAUGAAGAUGACUUAUGGUGUUGAUGGUGACGAGGAUGAAGUUGCUGCUGAUGAUGAUGACAAUGUUAAUGAUGUGAUAUUACUCUAAUAAUUCUGUAAAUUUCAUGGUUACCUUACACAUACACAGAAGGUAAACUCCAUUCAGUCUCUCCUCAGGAAGAGCACAUGAAGAGACUUAUUUUGGUAAGGACAUAGAGAGAUUAAAGUCUAUUUGUGCUCUGUGAGCUUUAUAGCAUAUGGGCAUUCAGGCUAUUAGUGAUCAUUUAUGGAAUAUGAAAUGUUAGGUUGUGAGUCCUGGACUGAAUCAAAAUAGCAACCAUCCCACUCCCAAACCCCCGUCCUUAGCUGGAGAAACAUGUCAUUUCUCAAUUCCCCCAUGAACUGAGUGUGUAAAACAAGCACAACCUGUGUCCCUGAAGAGACAAACAUGUAGCCUAUAUGGGACUCAUUUAUGAUUUUAACCACUGGUUGUAUUAUUUCAUUCUGUUGAAUUAAAUGAGAGCUUACUCACC